CUCUCGCUUCCUCGCCGCCGUUUCCUCAGUGAAAAUGCCGCCGCGAUAGAGAGCCGCGCGUGCCGUGUGCUCUCCUCGGGCUCUCGUCGCGCCCCCCCGUGACAAGGAGUCGGCCGUCUUAUCGAAGGGAUCCUUGGCGAGACGGGCUCUUCGAUCCCCCGAUUUCGCUCGCGAUCCGAGCUCUCUCAGCCGCUGUUCCUUUCUUUUUCCCUGUGUUCCGUUCCUUCUUCCUUCUUCGUGCGUCUGAUUUCUCUCUCGCUCUCUUCUGCUCCGCUCUUCUCCCCGUGGCCCUUAUCACCGCCUCCCUACCCCUCCCUUUAUUACGCGCGCGGUGCGUAUCGGCGAGCGCACGGUUUUGACAGGCCGCGCGAGUGCCACGGGACGGAUCGGGUGUCUCUUUCGCGCCCGAUCGCGGAUUUUGGAGCGCCGCUUCCGGGGAACCGCGCGCUUUGACAGCGCACAGAACAAAGGCGUGGAUUAUUGAGUUGGAGUAAACUAUAAAAUUUUCGAAGCGCGAGAGGUCGCCGGGAAAAAGGAUGGAUCGGCUUCGACGGAGCUUCCGCGACAGCUUCCGCCGGCGAAAAGAUCCCCACGUGCCCGAGUCUAGCAAGCCCCAUCAGUGGCAGGCUGAUGAGAGUGCAGUGCGCUCGGCCACAUGCGCUUUUCACGUUAAGUACCUGGGAUGUGUGGAAGUGUUCGAGUCGAGAGGUAUGCAGGUUUGCGAAGAAGCCCUGAAAGUUCUCCGAAACUCAAGACGAAGGCCAGUGCGGGCAGUGCUUCACGUAUCCGGCGACGGGCUGCGCGUUGUCGAGGACGAAACUAAGGGGUUAAUUGUCGAUCAGACAAUCGAGAAGGUUUCGUUCUGUGCGCCGGACAGGAAUCAUGAAAAGGGAUUCAGUUACAUCUGCAGGGAUGGCACAACGAGGCGGUGGAUGUGUCAUGGGUUUUUAGCGUUGAAAGAAUCGGGUGAAAGACUAAGUCACGCAGUGGGUUGCGCUUUCGCCGCGUGUUUGGAGAGGAAGCAACGACGGGAUAAAGAAUGUGGAGUUACAAUGACUUUUGAUUCGAAAACUUCAACUUUUACAAGAAGCGGUAGCUUUAGGCAACCGAGUCUCACAGAGCGGUUGCAGGAAUCGCGUGACCGUUCAGUAGAUGUUCCCCCGGUUAAACAGGUGUACAAUCCUUUCGCGAUCGAAAGGCCACACGCAACUCCGUCUAUGCUGGAGCGGCAGGGUUCCUUCCGGGGUUUCACGCAACUGAAUCAAGCAUCCCCAUUUAAAAGGCAGCUCAGUCUACGAGUGAACGAUCUUCCUAGUAAUCUCGAACGCACACGUAGUCACAGUCUCGAGCCGACGGAUUUGUCGCGGAUGCCUUCAGCUCUGUCGCAUAUUGUACCUUUAAAGCCUCCAGAGUUCGAAGGAUAUGACGAAGUGAGUCCGAUACCGGAAAUUUCGCCCGGUGGUCAGGACAGCGUCUCCGCAAUGUGUCAGCAGCUUUCUCGUGGGCUUUCUCUGCUCUCGAGCAGCGACGACUUCGGACCAAUGCCAUCGUCUCAGUCUGCUAUGAGCGCCGUCGCCAAGCAGCUUUUCACCAGCACCGCUACCAGUUCUCCUCCAGUAACGAGUAGCAACUCGUUGGAUGAGAUGAAACUGCAGAACGGUCCCAGUAUUAAUAACAAUAACAACAACGACAAGAACGAUGAGCUCAGUUUGAAUCACGUUGGUCCCAGCUGGCAGGAAUCGGCUGCAUCUCCCGUUCUCGCAUCGAAUCACAGGCUUACGCCUAUCCUUAAGGCGAGCAACUUGAGUCCCGUUCUUCCAAGGACGAACGCGCCCACUCCAGUCGUCAUGAGCACGCCGGCACCCGUUACCUCGAGUGUGGGUGCCUUCGGUACGCCACCUUCAGCGGCGAGUCCUGCUUUUAGCACGGCUUCUACGUCCUCUUUAGGGAACGCGUCUACGCCGGCCGUGAACAGAUCGCCGAUCCCAGUAAGUUCGGUGAUAACUCCGAAAACAGGUUCUCCCAGCACCAGCGUAGCGUCCGUUUCCCCGGGUUUGCCCGCUUCGACUGACGCCGCUCAAGUUUCAUCGACAACCGGUAUUCCGACAGCUCUGGUACAGCCGCUUCCCUCAGCAGCUGGUUUACCGAAACCAGAACAAUGGUUGGGUAGCAUAACCGGCUCUGUGCCGUCGCCAACACAGCAGGUAUCCGCUAGUCCCCGGCGAGCGCCGCCUCUUCAUGCGAGAGCACAUUCGCUCGGUUCAGCUGCAAUGAGCCACCAAGCUUCCAGAAGUGGACCCUCCGAUCCGUUCGACGUCGAGUGGGCGGAAAUCGCCGCCAGGAAUCUGCGGCAGUCGACCACGACGAAUCCCUUCAUCAUGCCGAACGCGACCCAGGCGUUCCAAGUGCAGUUGUAGCGUCAGGAGUUCAUUAAUAGCGUCGCCAAGUAUUUCCGCUCGAGCACAUAGCAGCUGCACGCCCGCUCCCGCUUCGAUCCCCCACACGAUCGAAAGUAUUACACGUGAGCCACGUGUUCCUCGACCUGAUCGUGAGCAUCCGGUCGCUCCCGCGUGCGACGCCGCUGUCGAGCUUCCCGAUCGGCCAACACGAUCAACCACGGCGAUCUUCAGCGAGACUGAAGAAGAGCCAGGUCAGAGGAGCGCGAAGAUCCCUCUCGUUGAGUCGACAUCUAAUAGCAACGACGGUAGCAGCGAACCAGCACAAAAGUAUCCGUAAAAUACUUAAUAUUAAAUAGAUAAGUAUACACGCACAGCCUUAACGACCUCAGCAAGAGCAAGGAGUAAAAUACAUAAAUACGCGUAAACGCAGAUAAGCAGAAGUUCGGAUAGCGUGACGGGGAUUGAUACGGAUUUUCGCGCAUCGAUAAUAACGGGCUGCAGUUACAGCCGGUCGAUUAAGAAGAAGCAAUAGGUGUCGCGAAGUAUUCGUCGAGCGCAAUUCCCGUUGCACGGCACCGACGAUAAUUAUACUUAAAUGUCUGUCACGCGAUAUAUCGUAAUUGGAUAUCCCAAUUAUCUUGAGUAGAGUUAGGCUCGAACCGAGCGGUUAUCGUCGUUCUGCAUGAGAAAACGAGAUUGUACGCACCCAAGAUUACGCUGCACCCUUAACAAUUUUUUUUCCCAAAAGAAAAAAAGCAAGUACGUAGUUGUAGUCGCUUCGUGAUCGCGUCGCGAUCCGGCUCACGAAGUGGAAGAAGAUAAUCGCGCGCCUUCCCUGCGGAGGGAGGGCACUUGCAUUUCCGACGAGCUCACCCGGCUCUGGCAAGCACGGAUAGAGCAGGCGUUUCGUCGAACGCCUUUUGAUCACGCAGCGUAAGCGCGGGGUAGGGUUUAACAUCCGUGAGAGACUGUGAUAUUGACGCGAAGUGGCCAGUACUUAAGCGAACAGGGUCGAACAGAUGCAUCGUGAAGAACUUGCUCAAGGUCGCCGCGCCGCCCGACAGCACAGCAUAGAAUGAGCGGUCGUGAGCUCGGGUACCACAGACUCCAUCGUCCCACGUAGCCGGCAAGAACACAUAGAUUAUACUACUUAAAUAAAGAUUAGCUGUUGAAGGUUUAGUGGAGACAGUAUGUCUUAUACACUAUCGUUGUCUAUUAUACACACGAUCGUGUUUGCAUUUAUCGUAAGGUUCACGAGGCGAUGAUGACAUAGACCGAUGGAGAUUCUCGCACGAGGAUGACGCACGCGGAACGAUUUCCUCGUGAGUCUAGGCUCUCGCGACGGUGCUUCCGCUCCAAUAAUAAUAGUUGCGAAAAUGCCGGCCGAUCCUCGGCGCGUAUUGUUAUGUUACACGAUGUGAUCGCGCUGGUGUAUGAGGUCGACGAUGUACGUCGUAGCGAGACGAGCGAGAAAGAGGGUUUUCCUCAAUCCCAUAGUAAUACGAUAGCAUCCCGUGAGAUAUCAGUAUUGCGCCUCGCAGCUGCCUUUCGAACUAAGCUGCGCUUUCGGUUUUUCGAAACGGAUCGAGGGUAAACGUCGAGGAAGACCAAGAAGGAUACUGCAGGAGGGAUGAAUUGAGGUGUGUGUGUGUGUGCACAUUGUACAUAGAUUAAUUAUUUAAAAUGUAACGCGCGAGAUACAGUAGAGAGAGUGCGGAGAAAUUGAGAGAGAGAGAGAGAGAGAGAGAGAGAGGUCAUUUGUCAAGCCGGCGACUCAGCAAUGAGGCAAGAGCGAGAGAUUCUUCCUAUGUGAAUAAAGUUUAGUCGAAGCGUCAGAGUAUCUUACAAAUAACUCGGAGGACUAGGAUACGGCAACGUUGCAUUACGUGAAAUUUGUUAAAUAAUACGAGAUCUGCAGCUUGUAAUUUAUUUAUGCAUUCGUUUAUGGCGUUAAUCGGAGUAACGUUACUGUUAAGAAUAGCAAAUUAGUUUCGUAUUAAACUAAAAAUUAGUUUCGUAUUAACGCGCAGCAUUCUGAUAGAUACGCACGUACGUAUUAUACGUAGGAAUUCCUGUAAAAAUAUCCAUAUCGAAACUCAUACAUGUGCGUAUAAUAUUUUUUUUAGUCACAAUGAAUACACCUAAAAGCAUACCUACGUCGAAAUGUUUUCAUGCGAGCAAUCGUGCUGUACAACGUUAACGCUUCGAUCGUGCAUUUAAUCGCUCGAAAGAGACUGUUAUUGGCAAUUGGAAGCGAGAAAUGCGGAUUCCGCGAGAUAAUGCCGUCGUCGUUGUUCGAGUUGUUCGGCAAAAAUGGACUUGGUUUUUCGAGCCACCUUCCGUCCGUCCCGAAAAUCAAAAGGUAACAAAGAGAAAAACGAAGUUGAGCGAUGGAAACGAGCACUGUAAAGCAGCACAGGAAGCGAUCGCUAGGUACUUAUCGCGGUACUUACUGAAAAAAACGUUGGUUAAUCAAUGUACUUAAAUAUUAACACACGUAGGUCGCUGUUUAGCGAGAUCAUCGCUGAUCGACGCACGUCGUCGAUGUCUUCUUCUUUACUCGUCAUAUUAUCGCUUUUCUGGUUUUAUUUCCCUUGGACUAACGUUCCCUGCGUUUUACUCCCCCGUUUCAUUUUUCGUUAUGUUUCGCGAGGGAACAUCCAAAGGAAUGUGUACAUAACGCAGUAUAGCGGUUCGUUAUAUAAUAUUUUAUCACGUUUAUGUACUUAUUGUUUUCUCUUUUAUGCCUCAUGGUCGAUGUACGCUAACUCACACGGUUCAUUUGACUAGGAUCGAGAGGAAGCGAUAGUGGCGUCUUGGCUGAUCUCUGCUUGCGUGAUGCUCGUGAUUUUGUUGCAGAGGCACCCAGUUUCACUUUUGUAAAUUUUAAUCGGUGCGAUCACAAAGAGUUCCGUUUCAGUUGGCUAUCCUUUCACCCUCGAGAAGCGCGGAGAUCAGCCAAGUCGCGUUCCGGUGUCUCGUUCGACUGAAAUAGGCAAGUGCAUUUAGAGAAACGGAUAACAAUGUGGUGCGCAUACUUAUACACGUACACAUAUACAUACACAUAUAUAUGGACACGCAUACACAUCCAGAAAGAGACGCCGGGACAAGAUUAUAGACGAGUAUAGGUACACCGCGUGCCAAAUUCAAAAGUGCAACCGCGUUGCCUGCCAAUUGGACGGUAUACAUCGCGCACGCUUCCGUGGUUGUGUUGUACAUAGUAUCGCCGGUCGAUUCCUGGAUCAACGUACGACUUAAUGCGUGUAUAUUUCGUAAAGGUAUCCUUGUUCAUUUUACAUUGUAUCUGCCACUGUAAAAAUACGAUUUAUUAUAUAAUAUCUGUUGUGAUUAC